AUGUCAAAAUAUAAAUUGGUCAUGCUGAGGCAUGGUGAAGGUGCCUGGAACAUAGAAAACCGAUUCUGCAGCUGGGUGGACCAGAAGCUGAGCGCGGAAGGGCUUAAAGAGGCAGAGAAGUGCGGAAAACAUUUAAAGUCUCUGGGCUUUGAGUUUGACUUGGUCUUCACUUCCAUCCUCAGCCGAUCUAUCCAAACAGCAUGGCUGGUUUUAGAAGAGCUUGGCCAAGAAUGGGUUCCAACUCGGAGUUCAUGGAGGCUAAAUGAACGCCAUUACGGGGCUCUUAUUGGCCUCAACCGAGCAGAACUGGCUCUGAAUCAUGGAGAAGAGCAAGUAAAGAUCUGGAGGAGGAGCUACGAUGUGGCCCCUCCACCAAUACAUGAGAGCCACCCUUACUACCACGAGAUACACACUGAUCGAAGGUAUACAUGUUGUGACAUUCAGAAGGACAAGCUGCCAAAAUCUGAGAGCCUGAAGCAAGUCCUGGAAAGGCUUCUUCCUUAUUGGAACGAGGAGAUUGCACCAGAAGUAAAGCGGGGAAAACGGGUUCUUAUUUCAGCACACGGAAACAGCACAAGAGCAUUAUUGAAACAUUUAGAAGGUAUUUCUGAUGCGGACAUUAUAAAUAUCUCUCUUCCCACUGGGGUUCCAGUGCUUCUAGAACUUGAUGAGAAUCUCCGUGCCGUCAAACCGCAUGAAUUUUUGGGUGACCAGGAGGCUAUUCAGGCUGCCAUUAAGAAAGUGGAAGACCAGGGCAAAGUGAAACCAAACGAGAAGUAA